AUGGCUAACCGUGACACGCAUAUACAACAUAUUAAGGAAACCGUUACUAGAGAAUUCAAUUGGCACAUCGCGGCUAUAAAUAGUAUAGUAUCGAAUAUAGGCGCGGUUAUAACUACUAACAUAGAUAAUCUAUCUAUGAAUAUCGUCGUGCCUAGCGAAGCUUAUCCACGCUUGCCGCCGGAACAUGCGGAGAAAGAGAACGUGGAAGAUACUAAAAUGGAAGACGACGCAGCUAUAUCGAAGAUAGGUACGGCUAUAACUACCGACAUAGAUAAUCUACCUACGAAUGUCGUCGUGCCUAGCGAAGCUUAUCCACGCUUGCCGCCGGAACAUGCGGAGAAAGAGAACGUGGAAGAUACUAAAAUGGAAGACGACGCAGCUAAUACUAAUAUUAGAGUAGUAUUAAAGACAGGUGCGGCUAUAAUUACUAAUAUAGACAAUUCCCCCACGAAUGCCGUCGUGCCUCUAGAUACCGGCGAGACUUAUCUACGGCUACUAGAAAUAAAGAGGACACUCUCGGAUAAUAUAAUAUCGACCGGUAGACAUAUGAAAACCAGGAACUAUUCGGGAAGCAAUAUUCGCCGUUAA